UUUGGAGACUGCUGUCCCCUCUACCCCCCAAAGGCAGAGACAACAAAAGAAAUUGUAUUUAGAGCAAAACAAGAGCCCUUAAACGGCAAAGAUGUUUACCAGAAUGUCUCUCCAUGUUCCACUGCUCAUGGUUCUGGUGGGAAAGACAGCCAUUGGGGGCCAUCCUGAGCAUUAAAUGCAGCAAUGAGAAUCAGGCAGAGCUGAGGUGCUCAAUAUAUGCUAAUCACCGUAAGUGACAAGACCCUCAAUACCUGAGCAGCCACACUUCCAACAGGAGCAGUUCUCCCUGAUGUCUUUGCGCGCAGACCUGGACCCAGUCUGGACUCCUGAUAACUAUGAGUACAGCUAUGAGCAAUACGACCCAGAGGAGCCCUCCAGUAGUACCACUGCCUAUGCUGAGAAUCCUGACUGGUACUACACAGAGGACGACCCAUGCCUGUCCAACCCCUGUGAACAUGGUGGAGACUGCCUUGUCAGUGGGGACACCUUCACGUGCAGCUGCCCAUCCCCAUUCUCUGGAAAAAGGUGUCAGAAUGUGCAAAACAAGUGCAAGAACAAUCCAUGUGGCCGGGGUGAAUGUGUCAUUACUCAGAGUCCUCCCUACUAUCACUGUGCCUGUAAACACCCUUACAGGGGUCCACACUGCUCCACAGUGGCUCCUGCAUGCCGGCCAAAUCCCUGCCAGAAUGGUGGCACCUGCUCCCGGCAUAGGCGGAGAUCCAAAUUUACCUGCACCUGUCCCAACCAGUUCAAGGGGAGAUUCUGUGAAAUAGGUCCUGAUGACUGCUAUGUUGGUGAUGGCUACUCUUACCGAGGGAAAGUGAGUAGGACGGUCAAUCAGCACUCGUGCCUUCCCUGGAAUUCCCACCUCCUCCUGCAGAAGAAUUACAACACGUUUAUGGAGGAUGCUGAGGCCCAUGGGAUUGCAGAGCACAACUUCUGCAGAAACCCAGAUGGAGACAAAAAGCCCUGGUGUUUCAUUAAAGUAAACAAUUCAAAGGUGAAAUGGGAGUACUGUGAUGUCUCAGCCUGCUCAGUGCUAGACACUGCGCACACAGAGCCCCUGACCAAUCUUCCAGGGUUUGACUCUUGCGGGAGGACUGAAACAGCAGAGAGGAAGGUCAAGAGGAUCUACGGAGGCUUCAAGAGCACGGCGGGCAAGCACCCAUGGCAGGCGUCCUUGCAGACCUCCUUGCCAUUGGCCAUGUCCAUGCCCCAGGGCCACUACUGUGGGGGGGCGCUGAUCUACCCCUGCUGGGUGCUUACUGCUGCCCACUGCACUGACAUAAAAGUCAAUCAUCUGAAAGUGGUUUUAGGGGACCAGGACCUGAAGAAGACAGAAUUCCAUGAGCAGAGCUUCGGGGUGGAGAAGAUAUUCAAAUACAGCAACUACAAUGAAAGAGAUGAGAUUCCCCACAACGAUAUUGCUUUGCUCAAGCUACAGCCAGUGGAUGGUCACUGUGCUGUGGAAACCAAGUACGUGAAGACUGUGUGUUUGCCUGAUGACCCCUUGCCCUCUGGGACUGAGUGUCACAUCUCUGGCUGGGGAGUUACAGAGACAGGGGAAGGGUCCCGCCAGCUCCUGGAUGCCAAAGUCAGGCUGAUCACCAAUGGCGUGUGCAACUCCCGACGACUCUAUGACCACAUGAUUGAUGACAGCAUGAUUUGUGCUGGAAACCUUCAGAAGCCUGGGCAAGACUCCUGCCAGGGUGACUCUGGGGGCCCUCUGACCUGUGAGAGGGAUGGCACCCACUAUGUCUACGGGAUAGUGAGCUGGGGCCUGGAAUGUGGGAAGAAGCCUGGGGUCUACACCCAAGUCACCAAAUUCCUGAAUUGGAUCAAAGCCACCAUCCAAAGGGAGGCUGGCUUCUAAGGCAUCUUCCGAACCUCAGGCCCACCCUCCUCACGGCAGCGAUGGAUUCCCCCCGGGAGCCUCCAGGAAGCCCGACGUGAAUUGUCCGUGCAUAGGCAAAUGCCACCCGGCCUGGGGUGUCCUGGACCAGUGCUUCCAGCAUUUCAUCAGGGUGCUUCCUGGGUGACUCGAGAAAUGAGAGAAUCAACCUGGGACACAUUAUGUUUGCUUCCCUUCAAACAACUGUACCUUCUAGAAAAUCAGUGUUCACAGAGUGCUUCUACCUCGGACACUUGCAAAUGCAGGAUUUCAGAAUACCCAGCAUUGGUGGGAGUCACGUUUACAUCUUUAUUCCUCAUCUCAAACACUCAGGGUACACAACAGGACCAGCCAUCCACUUCCAGGUAUCAGACAGAGGACGCAAACUACAACCGCUUUCAGAGAGUCACUAUUUUAAUAAAGGCAGAUGAGGGAAUGGGCUGGUGCGCUAUUUUUACAGCUCGCCCAGACAGAAGCCAUCUAAAUGUGUCUCUGGUGCACAAAUUUCCUUUCCAGGUCCUGUCCCAAGAAUCCUGGGUAGACACUGCUCACUCACCACGGCACAGCCUUCCUCCUUUUGAAAUGCAGAAUCUCAGUGGCAUCUGGGUUCACAUCCCCCCUCUGAUUAUCUUCAGUCUCCACAGCUUCUGGCCCCCCCUGCAGAAAUCAAACACCUUCCUGUGUUAAAAUGAAGCUCCCACCCUGCUCCCACAGGGCAUGCUGCCUAGGAUGCCCUGGAAGCAUUUAAAUGUUCACCUUCCCCUUCCUUCUCCCCGGCUUCACCUGCCUCAAGAAAAAAGGAUCCUCAAGGCAAGAACGAGAAAGAAGCAAAGCCCAUCUCUCAUUUAGACAUGAUGCCUCCCUUCUGAACAAAGUAGGGUUCAAAACCCAGACUGUUGCAGCCAGCAAGUCCCUGACCCUUUCCACAAAUGUAAAAAGUGAGCAGUCAGCACGGCCUGGGCUGCUGGGGCCUGGGACUCACGUGGGCCCAGUGGGUUUGUCUCUGCAGAGCUAAUAGCUGUGACUUCAGAGAAAACCCUGCAGGAAUUUAACCCAGGUAUCAACUGCCUGGUCACCUCAGAGCCAUGGAAUUAGGCACUGCAUUUCACACUUCUUUAGAGCUAGCUGACCUUUGGCCAAAAAUAAAGUUUGAAAAGAAA